GUACUCUCCAUUGUUUUACAUAAGUGUGGUUUCUUUGUGUUUCGUUGUUACCGCCGCCAUGGUGAUGGGCUGAGGAUUAUUACUAGCGCACAGUUUGACGCUUCUAUGGACACAAGACUGACGGCCCAGAUUACAACAAAUGAAGGAAGACGAAAAUAGCGAGGGUCUAAGAAGAGACAGGCGAGAGAAAACAACAGAAAGUUUGGGCUCAUUUUAAGCUGCAAACAUGCUGCUACAUCAUCUCUGUAGAAAACAUCCAGUGUACUCAUCCAUUCCACGGAGUGAACCCGACACAAGGUUUGGCUUUGAUGUCCCAGUGAUCCUUCGCAGCUCUGAUGAAACAGAGUCCCGUCUACCAACCCCUGAGAAGCAAAUGGUUCAGAUGACCAAUCCUUUCACCCUUGAGUUGGGAUCUGGGCCAGCAUCUGUCACUGAUGGUGUGUCAGUGAGACCUUGCUGUCUGGAGCCCUGUGUCCUGAGCUGUUUCUGGGGCUGUAAGGUCAGUGCCCUGCAGGGAGCACUGCAGGCCCACCAGCAUGGUCUGAAGCUCAGCAACCCCCAACAUUUUCUGGAAGCCCUGCACCUCCACUAUCACAACUGCCAGAUCUUCCAUAUCGGCAAUGAAGAUAGAGUGGAACGCCACACACAGAUUCCUGCUGACCAUGAGAUCAAAGAUUUUGGGCUGUUGCCAAGGAAACACUACCCUCUUGUGGCUGUGUUGACGCUGGCAGAGCCAGAAGCCAGAGAUGCAUACAACAUUGUGGCUAGUGUGACAGUUAUUCAUGUUCCUGAUGACAAAUACAGCCUUUCUGCACGGGUUCUCUUUCAGUACCUUCUCACCUCACAAGGGAACAUGUACGAGUUAAAGCCUCUCUUCAUGUCAGCUGCCAGUAGGGGGGCAUCUGAGCCCUUCGACUCAGAGCAGAAUACCCAACCCAGUGAACCCAAUGACGAGGCCAGCAGAGUCGAGCAGAGUCCAGUGGUGGAGGAGGAGGAGAACGACUGGUCAGAUGGAAAGGGCAGAGACUGUGUGGUCUGUCAGAAUGCAGCGGUGAACAAGGUGUUGCUGCCCUGCAGACACGCCUGUGUGUGUGACAGCUGUGUGUCACACUUCCAGCACUGCCCCAUCUGCAGGGCCUUCGUCCAGGAGUCCUUCACCCUGACACAGGGACCAGCUGCAGAACAAUGACUCCAUACCGAACCAGUGAAUGUUAUUUAAGAAAUAAUUUGCAGCAAGACAGGCAGCAUUGCAAAUAAACCCUGACGCCAAA